UUAUUUCCUUUGAUGGCUUAGAUAAUAGUAGGAGCCAAAGCAAUGAGUGAGGUCGGCAGAGACCAAUGCAGUCCUGCCCGGGGCUGGAGAGCCAAUCGCAGGAGCAGAGGGCGGGGCGUCGGCGCCAGCAGAUAAUUGCUAAGUGCAUCGCUAGCACAGUUGGUCCAAGCUGCUGAAAGGUCUGGUCGCAGAGACAGGAACGCGUAAUCCUCAGCGUGCUCCAGUGCUCCAUCCGGACAGCAUCUUCCCACCUCGGCAGGGCAUCGAGCCUGGGGACCACAGCCCCCGCUCUUCUGACAAGCCUGAUGAAGUCCUCCGAUAUUGAUCAGGAUUUGUUUACAGACAGUUACUGCAAGGUGUGCAGUGCACAACUGAUAUCAGAAUCCCAGCGUGUGGCCCACUAUGAGAGUCGAAAACAUGCAAGCAAAGUCCGACUGUAUUACAUGCUUCACCCCAGGGAUGGGGGGUGUCCUGCCAAGAGGCUGCGGGCAGAAAACGGAAGCGAUGCUGACAUGGUGGAUAAGAACAAGUGCUGCACGCUCUGUAACAUGUCUUUUACCUCAGCGGUGGUGGCUGACUCGCAUUACCAAGGCAAAAUCCACGCCAAAAGGUUAAAACUGUUGCUAGGAGAGAAAACGCCGUUAAAGACCACAGCCACACCCCUGAGCUCACUUAAACCCCCAAGGGUGGAUGCUGCGCCAGUGGUCGAAUCUCCUUAUCAAAGAAGAGACUCUGACAGGUACUGUGGGCUCUGUGCAGCCUGGUUCAAUAACCCGCUGAUGGCCCAGCAGCAUUAUGAUGGCAAGAAACACAAAAAGAAUGCAGCUAGAGUUGCUUUGCUAGAACAACUGGGGACAACGCUGGAUAUGGGGGAACUGAGAGGUCUGCGGCGCACUUACAGAUGUACCAUCUGCAGUGUCUCCCUAAACUCCAUAGAACAGUACCAUGCCCACCUGAAAGGAUCCAAACACCAGACCAACCUAAAGAAUAAGUAGUGAAGACACCAAGGAAGACUAAGAAAAGACGCCAGCAUUUCUCUGCUGUGGAGACUGCUUAUCAACCACCUGAAGAGGAUCCUUUCUUGAACAAUGGACAUUUCUUACAAGGAGUCACAGAUUAACAUAUGACUAAUCUUGAUUUUGUAAAGUGAAUGAUAUUAUUUUUCUUUUUUUAAUUUUGUGGUAAGUUAUGAUAUUUGGGUGGAUUUUUUUUAAAAAAAUCUAUCUUCCUGAUAGCAUAUUUAGCACAUGUUCUAAAUUAUAAUCCUGUAGCAAACAGUUGGAGCAUUAUUCAAACUUACAAAGAAUGGAAAAUGUUAAUUUCCAGUUUAUUCCAGAUUUCUUCAGAGUAUGAUUAUUCUGUUAAAUCUUUGAUAAUUGUGACAUUCAUCGCCUCUGUCCAGGAAUAAACAUUCUUUUGUCAUCCUGUCAAUAUGAACAAAUCCAGAACAAAUCAUUAUUAGUGGAAGAUAUAUCAUGAACAAAUCCUAGUUCUUCACCUUCAGACAUGUGUGCCAGGCUUGCCAUCUAAAUGACAAGAACAAGGAUGAUAAACGAAGGAAGAAUCCUCAUCCUUUCCUUCUGAUCACAUAAAGGACAGUUUCUCAAGAUGAAACCAAGCCCUCUUUGCAAGCUGCCAAAUACUAGCUUAGGAAAAGAAUUAGUUUGCUUGCAUGAUGAUCCUCUUAGUCAAAACGUCUUCACAGGAGUUGACUUUGGUAGAAUCUUUUCUAAAGCCAUCCAGAAGAAUGAUAAACCCCAGAACAAGACGGAAAUAGACAUUUCUUCUGAAGUUGGCCUGGACUGUGGGCCUUAAUUUCAAGUAUUGAUGCUUCAGAACAUGUGAAUAAGUCCUGAAGAAAUGGCAGCCUUGGGUAAGGUGAGGCCUCCUGUUUCUUCUGUUUUUCAUCAGAAUCUUGUUGCUGUAUCCAUCCCUUCCCUUUGGGAAAAGGGCCAUGGAUAGGAUGAUGGAUUGAACACUGUUCCUCUGUGAUAAGGAACAUCUCUGAGUGCAAAUCACAAAGCUUUUAUCUCUAGGUUUAAUUCUUCUCAGCAGUGACCACAAGUGGUGUCCUGCAAGCUGAUUAUAAGAAGGGACAUUGAGCUUCUGUUCAAGAUGCUGCCAGCAGCACUCUGGCUAGGAUCUUGCUGGGCCAGCCCUUUUCACCUUGUGACCGCAGGAAUGGAUCUGGUGACUGGGUUUUCUGGAUGUGAGUUGCUUUCCACAGAGAGCUGAGGUGGUGACACUGAAGUGAGCAGUAAGUCAAUGACAGCUGCACAGUGUUGCUCUAAGAUGCCAGUUCCCUGGGUCUGGAAUGUGGCACUGGCCCACAAGGAGAGGCCGCUCUGGUGCGGUCAGGACUGCCAGCGUGUGUGCCUGCAAUGAGACGUGUCCACACGAGGCCACCCUGUGGGGAGGAAGGAGGGUUUGAUGGGGGAGAAAUCUAUUUUGCUGUUUUAGAAAGAAGCACACACAGAGCUGUAAACCUCUAGUGAGGUUUGUCUUUGAAUGUGUAAAAUAAAGCUUUAUUUGUCAAUUCUGCUGUAAAAUAAGCACUGUCCAAGUUAAGGAAAAACAUCUUUGUUUCUGUUAGUGUUUAGUGACUGAGCUCAUACCCUUAAGUGUUGUGUGUUUAUUUUUUUAAUAACCUAAUACAGAAAAGUUUAUCAACUUGGAUUUCUUUUGCUUUACAAAAGAAAGCCAGGCCAACCCCUUUAUAGAUGAGCUUCAGCUAUAAUAAUCAGAUUAUUUCACAGUUUCUUAUCUGAAUAGCAUUGCUCUUUGGUAACUGGCCAAGGGAAAGUGAAUAUCCUGCAAGAGAUUUUGUUCAGUGGAUUGUUUUUCAGUUUCUUUCUGUAUUUUUGCCUAUGCAGAUGAGGAAAGUAUCAUCGCAGAGAACCAUAAGGACAACAUAUCCAACUCUAUGAAGGAAGGGCUUAUAGAUGUUCUUUAUAUUUGGGAAUUCUUGGGUAGAAAUAUAUCUAUUCAGGAAACUAGCUGUUUGUUUUUCUUUUGUUGUUCACUUUGGUGUGUGUUUAAUUCAGUUCUAUCCCACUUUCUGGUUUCAUUGUGGGUGGAAUGGAGUGUGAUGUAAAGCAGAUGUCUUCAAAUGACCAAUAAACUUUGAUGGUGAGGAAGGGGAUCAGUGUAGACCCGUUCUGUGGUCCAGUCAGUCCUGAGGCUUUCCUAGUACAGAGGCACCUGAUUAGAACAGAAGUGAAUUUGAGUCAAGGGACCUUUUCCUAAAACUCUAAAAUCAGGGGAAUUUAGGGAGACUCUUAUCCAUUUAGAAGAGAGACUCUAUAUAGAUUAUGCAUAGUUAAAGUAUUUUUACUAUUGAACAGUACUUGGAGUAAUGUUAACUAAGCUAACCAAAUACUGUCCAUUUGAAGUUUUGUUCCAAUAAAUGAAAUAAUGAUUCAAAAUUAAUACGUGAGCCUAAUAAAUUUCUUAUAUAGGAGUGAAACUUUUUAUUUUUAAAGGAAAGUUUUUAAGUGACUGGAAUAGUGUGUCUUUGGUUUUGUUCUUGUUUUUGUUGUCCUGGGUAUUGAGCCCAAGGCUUCAUACAUGCUGGGAAGUCCUCUACUAGUGAGCUAUACACCCAGCCCGAGUCUGUCUUCUUAAAGAGAUAAAUCACUCUUAUAGUCCUCGUUAUGCAAUUCAAAUUUACUGUACAAAAGAGUUCCUUCUCUUCAGUGCAGAGAUAAGCUUCAGGCUAGCACCUGUUCUGGUAGCCACAAAUGCCAUGAUAGUGAAACUCAAAUUAAUGAGCUUUCCUUAUGUACAGACUCUACAGCCCAGUGAACUAAUAAAUGUGGUCAUAAAGCAAUCUGCUAAGUAGUGAGGACUACAGUGAUUCCUUCUGCUGAUAAAAGUAGUCAUAAAAUUCAUCUGCUGUGGCUGGACUACAAAGACCAACAGGAUUUUUCAUUUGCCUCUUAGAUAACAUAUAAACAUAAAUUAGAUCUGCAAGAAUUUUCACAUCUUCCUACUGAAGUGGGUACUGUAGGCCAACCAGCUCAAAAGCAAAACACAAAAUGGAAGAUAUAUAAAAAAUGUGAGUACUCCUGUGGGAAGAUUGAGCCUGUGUGCUGAUGAGUGGCUGCCCCAUGUUUUCCAAAGCUGACCUUUUGAGGGAAACAUUUAGAUACGUUAGUGCGAACACAGAGUAUUAGAACCCUAAUAAGACAAUAACCUUCCUAAACUGCCAGGUAAGAAAAUACACUCUCUACAUUCCAUCCACCCUAAAUAUCCAUUGUUUAUGUGAUCAACUUGUCCAAGAAACUGAUCGCUUUUCUUUUGCAACCAGAAGAAGAAGGUCUGAUCAACAUUUUAUUGUGGGGACUGAUGUUUUUUCUUUUUCUGGUUCUUAAAAAUUUUGUUUAUAUUAAAGGCAUGCUGAACUACCUCA